AUCAGCUGCUUUCAAGUCCACAUGAGAUGCAUUGAUACGCCAUUGUGUGUGCAAGAGUGAGAUGGAUAUAGUUUAUCGGAAAUGGAGGCAGGAAAACGGACUCAGGGAGAUGGGCAGGAAACCAAUACACCGUCAAAAGGUGAAAAAUCCGUCCAAGAAGUUCCAUUGAAGAAGAAUCCCUGGGAAAAUCAGAGAAAGCACCGAGGAGCAAUCCCGAAGGAAUCUCCUCUGGCCCCAAUUGGGAAGAUUUUCACACUUGUCCCCCACGUUGUACACACAACGGGGAAACAGACGGCACUUCCGCGGAAUAAGGAACCCCGAUUUGUUCCCUUUGAACCCUACAAAGGUGCUGUGACCCCAAUUAUUCCCUUCCGGAAGCCACCCCAGCGUACCAAAUCUCGCAAUAAUCUCGAUCUUGGUGUUCUCGUGUCGCAGCUGUCGGAUCUCAAAACGUGCGAAAUGCUCCAGCAUGCACCGGGGAUGCCUGAAAGUAGGUCAAUUGGAUGCAUGUCAGACGCAGAGGUGAAAAUCGCUGCCCUGGAGCAGCAGCUGAAGGAAGCAAAGCGCGACAAGGAGAGUUUUGAGAGUCAAUUGAAGUUUCAAGUGCAGGUCAAUACGGAACUGAAGAAUCUCCUUGUGGCUGCCCUUGGGGAAGACAUCCAGACACGCGUCAAUGUGCUCACGGAGGACAAACUCCAGCUGGCACGGGCUCUUCUGGACUCUGCCAAUAACAUUUCCACGCAUACGGAACAAAUUGAAUACCUCGCGGGGCAGAGUGAGGUGUGGCGUAGUAAAUUCCUCGCCAGUAGCCUAAUGGUGGAGGAAUUGGCACGCUGGAAGGCCAGCUUGACGCAGAAGAAUAAUCUCCUUGUGGCCUCCAAUAAGCAACUCCUGGAGAUGACUUCGCGUCAAGUGAGGGACAUGGCGAGGGAUGUGCUGAAGAAUUUAAAGUUCCUCAGUGGGAUUAGGGAGCUGAAACUACGUUCGGGGAAUGCUGUGGAUCUCCUGGCGGAAUGUGUCAACAUCUCACAGCAGCUGGUGCUUCAUUCGGGUGUUGGGAUGCCGGAAGAAAUCAACCUGGACAAUCUGGAGCCUUUCACGGAAGCUGAGAAUGCGGCAAUUAAGGCUCUUCAGAACUCCAAUCAACCCCUCAUGUCAACAGAUGAGGCCUUCAAAGCAAUCGUUGGGCAGGCAUUUCCCUCAAUCUUAGCCAUGCGGAAGGACUCAACGGCAACAACGACAGAGCUGGAGGAGGAUUUCAAUGGGAAUAAUGGGCAGGAAGUGACGCCAAAGUGAUUUGUUUUGUUUGUUUUUUUUUUUGGUCUUGGUAGUCUCUUAUUUUUAAUUAAUAAAUUUUAUAUACAGAGAA